AGUACCUAGGUAAGUACCGAUACCUCAGGUACCUUAACUUCCGUACCUUACCUGCCUUUGUGCCUUGUUGGCCAAGGUUACCUUAGCCAGCCAGCCAGCCUACGGUACUUUUCCCGCCCGAACUCUCUUUAUUUUUGUUUUUAUUCUUCCCUUUUUCCCUUCUCUUUUUCUUCUCUCUUAAAACCACCUCGACCUUAUUAGCAGACCGUACCCGAAGCAUCUCCCCCUAAUCCCUACAACGCACGCUUUUCGCAACAGAAUUAUUGCGGUGCACCUCACUUCCGCUCGUCUUUUCCCCACCACUUCACCGGAUUCCCGUCACCGUCCACAAUGCCCACCCUCGCAACCGUUGCCCUGGCCCUUGUGGCCGCGAGCAGCCUCGUCUCCGCCCAGCGCAAGGUCUACACCAACGAAGACCUCGCCAGCGUUGAUGCCAUCGACAUUGGCACUCGGAACGCUUGGUGCCAGGGCCAGAGGAAUGUCUGCACUCGGCUCUGCGACAAUGCCGUCACCAACGACUGCUCCACGUCCACUCUCGAUUACGACUGCCAAUGCAGCAACGGCACUGCCCCCGGUCUUGAAUACUACCGAUCCUCCAUGCCCAGCUUCAUCUGCAAUGCUGUCUUCGAGGAGUGCAUCAUUGCCAAUGUAGGCAACGCCCGCGGCCAGCAGCAGUGUGAGGACGACCGCGACGCUGCCUGCGAUCCCGAUGAGCUCCUCGAUGCCUUCACCGAGAAUACUUCUACCGCCGCCGAAGCCCCCGCCGCCACCACGAGCCCCACCGCGUCAGCCACCUCCGUCGCUGACGCCUCGCAGACCGAGGACCCCGAGCCUACUGCCGAGGCAGACGACGAUGACAGCUUCGCCGCCCCUACCGCCGCCCCUGUUGUCGGCGCCGCCGCUCUGGCCAUUGCUGUCUUUGCCUACCUGGUUUAAAGGGGAAGGCGGGCACUAUCUCUCGAGCUAGUCAUUCAGCGGCCCAGCGAGCGCCUGUUGCGUCCCCUAGCGGAUCCUUAAUCUUCACUUCUCUUGUAUUCACCUUCUCUAUUUACGUGCCUCGGCUGGCCGCGCCGGCUCAUUCGGCGUUCUGUGCGCCUUAAUCGACGACGCUUUUUUUUUGAGAGAGAGAGAGAGAGAAAUAGGGGGGGGGAUCACGACGAGAUGGAUGUUCCCACGAGAACGAAGACGCCGGCGGAGAAAGGAG